UUAAAAAGAUAUUGUUGACAGAAAACCUAAGAAACCAGCAGAAACCGUCAGCGAUCGAAAUCGUGAACACUGAGAGUACUUUGCGAACGUUUUUGUGAGAAGAAAACUUUGAUUUUUGCAUCCAUACAUGGGUUGUACGAAUUCUAAAAUUGGUCUAGAGCCCUUGGGACCUUGCCAGCAGGCCUGGGUGGGCAGCAGGCCCCCCUGCAAAGGGUGGCGGAGGGUCUUUGGCAGGGUCGUGUUACCGAUGUGUGGUGUCUCCAACAGGGUGGUGCCUAUCGGAGUCAAUCCCCACCCGGAAGAGCCGGCCGAGAGGACCGACUUCAACAAACCAACCAGCGAGCCCCUGGAUAUCCCGGAUGAUGAUGACGUUGUCGAUAUCGUAGACCCCGCCAUGGCUUCCCCAAAAUACAGGCCCGAGUCCGCCUCCUCUUGGGAUCUACCACGGCCAAACAAAGAGGGCAAGGAUGUUGAGGUUAUUGACCUGGAAGAAGAGGCGGAAGAGAUGACCGCCGUUCAGUAUUUUGCCAGUCGCUCGGCAAGUCCCCUCCCUACACGCCUGCCGAUCCAGAGAGCCUGGAGAGAGCGCCCCCCAUCACGAGGAGGCAUCCAAAUGGAGCUUGCCCUCUACGGUAAGAAUGCGACUAGGCCGCUCCCGUCAUGCCUCAGUCGCGCCGUCCUGGAGAACAACUUCAAGGACAAACAACUGCAGGAUGACGUCAGAAGAGCUCAGCGACAGCACCUUGAGACUCAUCUGAGUUCUGUCUGUCACCAUGACAGCAAAGCUAGGGAUACGACGAGGAAGCCAUCCGCCGUCCAGUCUUGCCUGGAUGCGUUCAUGCAACAUGAACAAAGUCGUCCCCUCACCAAGUUCGGCCGAAGACUGCACAAGGUCUGCGUGUCUCCAGUGGAAGAGCAGGCUGAAGCAGAACCCCAGGACACGACUUCCCCCCGUGCCUCUAGGGUUUCCUCUCCCGAGGAACGUCCCGAGUCGACGUGUCGGGGCGAAUAUGACUUCUAUUUUUAAAUUUGUUUCAAUAGAGACAUAUAGGGAAGGAAGGUUACGGGAUGACAUUUCCAUGCAUCCCCCCCAAAAAAAAAUGAGGAAAACAAGCCAGAAUUAUAGCACUGCAGUCAAAAUAGUGACAACCAAGAUAAGGGAAAACUUUGUAAACCUGCUUCCCAGCCACCAAAAUGACCUAACUGCUUUCAAUACAGUUUAUAAUUCAAUCCAUAUCACCAGAAGAGCAAAACAAUCUAUUUCCUAAAAAAAAAAAUAAAUUGAGAAAAGGACACAUCGGUGGAAAGCACGCACAGAGACCGGAUGAUGGAUAAACAUUGGAGCGAGCAGAUUAUAAAUGAGGCAAGUUCGAUCAUUGUAACACAUAGCUGCCUAGUAUCUACCGGUAUUGUGUUUGCACUGUCAAAUUCAAAUCGUAUUUGUGACAGAGGCUCGACUCUUUGGCCCACAGCCAACAUAACGACGGAGAGGUCUGACCAAGGUUUUGAAUAAAAAGAACUUAAAAACUUAAUAUACUUGUACUGCAUAAGGUUGGGCGCGAUCGGUCGA